AUACUUUGAAUGACGUCAUUUACCAAAUAAACAUAAGCACGCUCUACGGCUAGCUCGACAAGCCCGAUCUUGCCUGAUCUGUGACUCAUCUCGAACGGUCGGCUCAGAGAUCUUCACCGGGCGCGGCCGGGCUAGCUAUCUCGAGCUGUCUGGUUGCGCAGACAGUAGUACUGCGAGAUCGGCUGUGAGUCGAGUGUGAGUACAGUACAUCAGCGGGAUCGGGAGCAACUGCACUGUACUGCUCUGUUUGGACAUUUUUUUCGUACAACUGCUUUACAAUCACUCACGAUGUGUGGGAGAACUGUAAGUGCACUAAAUCAUAAUGAAAUACGACGGGCAUGUACCUACAGAAAUCGCCAUGGCCGGAGGAUGCGGCCUGGGAGGCGUAACAGAGGACCAAGACAAGGAGGAGGCGGUGGUGGUGGUGGCGGGCAAAAGCGAGGGACCACAGCUAACCAAGCACCUCAAACACAAGCCCCUAGUUCAAAUCCCAGUCAAGGAAAUGAGGGCGUCCAGAGGAAGUAUUACCCAUCAUUCAAUAUUUCACCAACAAGGACAACUCCUGUUCUGAUAUCGAGCAAGCACUUUGGAGGUAAAGAUGCCUCUGGCCCAUCUUUGGAUACUGGAGAUCGUGAGAUCGUUCCCAUGACGUGGGGCCUCGUCCCAUCGUGGCACAAAGGCCAAGCAAAAGAGAUGGCUUACAAGAUGAACAACUGCCGCGGUGAAGGCAUGCUAGAAAGGGCAAGUUUCAAGCGUCCAUUUGAGAAGGGCCAGCGUUGUGUGGUACUUGUUGAUGGGUUCUAUGAGUGGAAGACGGAUGCAGACAAGAAUAAGCAGCCCUACUUCAUUUACUUCGCCCAGGAGCAUCCUCCCGUAGAUCUCACCAUCCACUCCAGUGAAGAUUUGAUGGAAGAGAACCCUGACCUGGAGGUCGUGGAGGAGCCCACGGAGGUCAGCGAAGAUGACCCGGGAUGGACGGGUCACAAGCUGCUGACCAUGGCCGGCUUGUUUGACUGCUGGAAUCCACCUGAUGGAGGUGAGCCACUGUAUACUUACUCUGUGAUCACUGUGGAAUCCAAGGAUAGCCUGUCGUGGCUUCAUCACAGAAUGCCCGCCAUCUUGGAAGGGGAUGACGAGAUACAAACGUGGUUGGAUUUCGGCACCGUGGAUUCCAAUAAGAAGGCCGCAUCCCUUGUCAGCGCUAGAAGCUGCCUGGCCUGGCAUCCUGUGACAAAAUCUGUCGGCAAUGUUCGCUACAAGGAGCCAGACUGCAUUAAGCCAAUUGAACUCGGAAAACCUGACAAGCCAAAGGUCGAGAGUAAGAGCAGCCAGUUCAUGUCAUCCUGGCUCUCCAAAGGGAGUAAAACACCAGAAGGGAAGAUCAAGACAGAGGGAGGGCCUGCAAAGAAGGAAGAGCCCAGCAAGAAGAAGACUCGUGCUUCAUUGAUGAAGUGGUUCGUGAAGAAAGAAAAGAUGGAAGAUGAAGGGGUGGAGGAUGAGAGGAAGAAGAGAACGGGGGAGGGCGUGACUGUGAAGGAGGAGGAGCCUUCCCCGAAGAAAAGUAGGGUGUCUUGAAAAUAUCCAAACGGUAUUGAAAAUAUUGGACUGCCAUCUUGCUGAAUGUACUGCCGGUUUCUCUAUAGACCAGCUUUCAAUCAAACCUGAAAUACUUGAUGUUUUCUUUUAACUUUCAAUAUUCGAUGACUAAACAGAAUACUGAUUUACUGUUCAGACUUGAAUAGAAUGCAAGGUCCAACUGUGAUUUCUUGAAAUGUGUGAUGAGCGUAUGGCAAACAGAAUACAAGGUCUAACAGAAAAUGUCUGUUCUUUAACAGAUAUAGGAUGAAUACAAGUUGUACAAACAGUAUUACCGAUUUGACUAAACUUGAAUAGAAUGCAAGAUCUAUAAGUAAUCUGGUUUCCUUACGUGAAUUAUUUGAUGAAUGUGACCAAAGAGUGACUGUAUUCAACAGAAUCCAAGAUAUAACAGAGAAUUGGAAAUUAUCCAAAAAAUAUACAAGCCUGUUAACGGUUGUAAACUAUGCACGAGCAGUAAAAGGUAAUUUGAGAUAAACCAUGAAGGUGGUUUUAAAAUUCGCUGACAUUGGCAUUUGCUAUUUGAUGAUUAUUUGUGUAUUCCUUUUAAAAAUCAUUUUAUCACAUCCAAGCUGAAGGGUAACAAAGUCGUCAUAAUCGCUUGUAUUUGAGAGUAGCCCAAACAGUAGUCAAAUGUGCCAAAAGCAGACAAUAUAGCAAACUGAUGUACUAUUCUAGUCACCUAGGCCCCGUUGCAUGAAAGUUACUAUUAUGGUAACUUUGCCAUCUAAUGGUAACUACCAUGGUAACAUUGAUCAACAGCCAAUCAGAAUCAAGGAUUUCAUGAAAGUUACCAUAAUGGUAUGAUGCAAUGGGGCCCUGGUCUAUACAAUGUCUUUCGUUCUUAGAAUUUGAAUGCUUUGCCAGGAAAGCUGACGCAACAUCUUCAUUUGAAAAUGUUAGUGCUCAUCCUAAUGAAAAAUGGCAAAGGUCAUUUGAGAAAAGUUGAUCAUGGGCUAACCGUGAACUGGCUUAUUGUCGAAGACCUGCCAUAACAUUUGGAUGUCUUGAUAAAAUGGAAUGUACAUGUAAUGCACGACAUGUGGCUUUCUAAACUUGGUUCAUGCACAGAAAACAUACACUGUACAGUGAUACCAUGCAUUGAUUUGUAACUUGUAACAAGAUGGUUUGACCUGUGUGCAGUUUGAACUCAUAUCCGGAUGUUGACAGAUAUUGAUCUGAAACUGAAUGUCCCAAUAACCCUACUUGUUGAUGGAGAUGCAUGUGUAAGCGCGAGGAAAAACUUAGUUUCUCUUGCUUCUGACAAGGUAGUAAAGGAAAAUGUAAAAAAACUACAUGUACAUUGUAGAAGACCUACCGAAACAUUUGGAAUAUAGUCUUAGCUAUGUAUGUGAACCACUUUCACCACCAGUUUCCAGAGGUUAAUGGCGCACUCACAUUUCCCCUCCGGCCGCUGUACUGCGAGUUGAAAACAGCCGUUUUAACAUUUUUAGUACCAGCUACAUAUAGGCGGUUUGAAUAAAAAUGAAUAAAACGGCUGUUUUCGACUCGCCGUAUGGCCACCGUAGGAGAAAUGCGACUGCAGCAUAAGCUGAUCAGCCCACUUCGGUUUCAGACCCCAUUUUACCAAAGUGGGCGAGCACGGUAGAUAGAACGAUUUAUACUAUCCGGUCCUGCUAAAAAAGCAGGGUUAGACAGCUUAUUUCGGUGCCAGCCAAGUGCUGUAGUCUGAAACCAAAGCGGAGCUAAUCAUUAGCCAUUCAUAAGGAAAUUCAAUGGGAAAUGAACAAAAGUCCUUGGAAAGGCAUAGGUACGAAACAACUGAAUUUAUGUUCUUCAGUGUGAGAUGUAUAUGUAUUUUUAAAAUUUUGUUGAAAUCUGUAAGGAUUUGUUCCACAAAAGCAUACAGAAUUGGCUCAGCUGCUUCAGUACAUCAUUGUAUUCAUCUUGGGCAUUAUACAGUACAUCUAUAUUGGAACUAGAUAGGUUUCAAAUGAUUCUCAAUUCACUGUCUGAUGCUCAUGUUUUCUUUUGAAGUCAUUAUAAAGCCAUUUUAAAAGUGGCCAGUUUCCCCAAGUGCACAAAACCUACAUGUAUAUGUAGUUAUGGGAUAUAAAAAGAAAAAAAUGCACUUGCAAAUUUUGGUGGUGUGUUUCUUCCAAAUGUUCUUUUAAAUUGUAAAAUAUAUCAUGAUUAAAGUUUACAGUACUAGAUUAGAGUUGUGUAGAUUAUGACCAUAUUUUUCAUGAUUAUAGCACUAAAUGUAUUGAUCAAAAUAAUAUAUAGCUUGUUUAAAAAUAUGUAUACCUCAUGCAUUUAUAAAUGGUAUCCUAUGGGUUGAUAAACAUUUAUGUACUAAAAUACUCCCUGAAGUUAUGUAAUUAUAAUAGUACUGCUGCUUUCUGUACCGCUUCACUCUCUUUUUUCUUUCUCUUUUCUCUCUCUCUCUCCUUCCUCUCUUUAUCUUUCUACCUCCCUUUCAUUCUUUGUUUCUGAAACCGACUUCUCUCUACAACUCGUUUACUUUAAUUGUACAUUUGUUUUUCAUUUAUCUUUUCAAAGCAGAUGCUUGUCAAAUCCAUCGCUCUUUUCUAUUCAACUUGAAACGAAAACUGCUUGUUUUACACAAUAAAAAACAUUGGAUAAACAUGAAUAA